ACACUCUAAGCAGCCUCAGCAAGCAAAGGGGGAACAAGCACGCAUUUCCAACGGAGCUGCCAGAAAUGAGCAAUUAAGUCAUACCCCCCCACACACACACCCUCUCCAAAAGAACUUCAGCUCCUGAGUCCUGGACAAAGAAGCACCCAGACUCCAGCACCGGCCGAGGACCCCCAACUCCGGCUGCAGGGACCCUGUCCCAGUGAGACCACAGGCAUGUCAUCCGAAAAGUCAGGACUCCCAGACUCAGUCCCUCACACUUCUCCACCGCCCUACAAUGCCCCUCAGCCUCCAGCCGAACCCCCAGCGCCACCGCCACAGGCAGCCCCUUCCUCACACCAUCACCACCACCACCAUUACCAUCAGUCUGGCACCGCCACCCUCCCGCGCUUAGGGGCAGGGGGCCUGGCCUCUUCCGCGGCCACCUCUCAGCGCGGUCCCUCCGCCUCCGCCACACUGCCAAGGCCCCCCCACCACGCCCCUCCCGGCCCUGCUGCCGGAGCACCCCCACCCGGCUGCGCUACCUUGCCCCGCAUGCCACCCGACCCUUACCUGCAGGAGACUCGCUUCGAGGGCCCACUUCCCCCGCCGCCGCCCGCCGCCGCCGCCCCGCCCCCACCAGCGCCCGCCCAGACUGCCCAGGCCCCCGGCUUCGUGGUGCCCACGCACACGGGGACUGUGGGCACGCUGCCGUUGGGGGGCUACGUAGCGCCCGGAUACCCCCUGCAGCUGCAGCCCUGCACUGCUUACGUGCCGGUCUACCCGGUGGGCACGCCAUAUGCAGGCGGGACCCCGGGGGGGACAGGAGUGACCUCCACUCUCCCCCCGCCGCCCCAGGGCCCAGGGCUGGCCCUACUGGAGCCGAGGCGCCCGCCACACGACUACAUGCCCAUCGCGGUGUUGACCACCAUCUGCUGCUUCUGGCCUACGGGCAUCAUUGCCAUCUUCAAGGCAGUGCAGGUGCGCACGGCCUUGGCCCGCGGAGACAUGGUGUCGGCCGAGAUCGCUUCACGCGAGGCCCGGAACUUCUCCUUCAUCUCCCUGGCCGUGGGCAUCGCAGCCAUGGUGCUCUGUACCAUCCUCACCGUAGUCAUCAUCAUCGCCGCGCAGCACCACGAGAACUACUGGGAUCCCUAAAAACGCCCCCGGUCUGGCUCCACUCUGCGCCCCUCGAUCCCCCGGCUCAUUCUGCAAUCAUGCCGCGGACCCAAUGGGCGCCCUGCACAUUCGCUUCUGGGACCAUCAGACUUCAGUACAUCGUAAACUCCGCCUCCACGGAACGUCUCGCCUUGGGAGCAAGCUCCGAAUCCAAUUCCUCAGGAACCCCUCCAAAACCCACAUCCCAAGGGACGCCGCUUUACGGGAUCCCGGCCAAAUGCCGGACCCUCAGUCGCUCCAGGCCCCCUCACCCUCAAAGCGUAGCGCCCGCAGCAAACUCGGUUUGGUCCCUAAAACCCCGCCUCCUCUAUAAGCUCCGCCCUAGCUCUGAUAAAACCCCGCCUCCAGGUCGGCAGGCUCCGCCUUCUUUUUGUCUCUGCGGGGUGAUUCAGUCCAGUGAUUGGGUCUGUGGCUCCAGGCCUCGCCUUCAGACCGACAGACUCCUCCCUUUCUUCCGGCCAAAGGACCGAGCCCUGGGGUAGCCACGCCCCCACCUCCCGUUUUUGCGAGUACAUUUUCGUCCCUCCUCCACCCAGAUUUCAGCCUAUUUUCUUUAUAAUCCCAGAACCUAUCCUUUUGUUUUUGGAAGGACAUUUGGGAAGUUCCUGGUGUAGGACCCUUCUCCCUGGGAUAGGAAACAUGCUGUAAAAGCUCUGUAAAUACUCCCUUCCACCUCUCCCAGCCCCUGAGCAGCUGGGCAGAAAGGAAUCCAGGCUAUGGACCUCCCACGUCCCCGCUCCCCGCUCCCCUCGGCGGCCCCCGCCUUGUUCUGAUCUGUGUGUGCGUGUGUGUGAACUUCUGAAAGACGAUAUUAAAGAGACUUAGUUGA